UGGGGGUAAAGGGCAGGCAGUUUUGGUGUGGACGUCGGUGCUUGCGGUCUUCAGCUAUGGCGGGGCCUGAAUGGCAGUCGCUGGAACAGUGCUUAGAGAAGCACCUGCCACCCGCAGACUUGCGGGAGGUGAAACGCAUUCUCUAUGGCAAGGAGACCAGGAAGCUUGACCUGCCCAGCAGGGCUUUUGAAGUCGCCUCUGCAGCAGACUUUGAGCUACAGGGAUACGCCUUCGAGGCUGCAGCAGAGCAGCUGAGGAGACCUCGGACAGUGCGUGUGGGGCUGGUUCAGAACAGAAUCCCCCUACCAGCGGAUGCCCCUGUGGCCGAACAGGUCUCUGCCCUUCACAGACGCAUAGAGGCCAUUGUGGAGGUGGCUGCAAUGUGCGGAGUCAAUAUCGUCUGUUUCCAGGAAGCAUGGACCAUGCCCUUUGCUUUCUGCACGAGAGAGAAGCUUCCUUGGACGGAAUUCGCCGAGUCAGCGGAGGACGGGCCCACCACCAGGUUCUGUCAGAAGCUGGCAAAGAAGCACAACAUGGUGAUAGUGUCCCCCAUCCUGGAGCGGGACGGAGCGCACGGGGACGUUCUGUGGAACACGGCCGUGGUGAUCUCCAAUUCUGGGGCGGUCCUGGGCAAGACCAGGAAAAACCACAUCCCCAGAGUGGGCGACUUCAACGAGUCCACCUACUACAUGGAGGGCAACCUGGGCCACCCCGUGUUCCAGACGCCGUUCGGGAGGAUCGCCGUGAACAUCUGCUACGGGCGGCACCACCCCCUCAACUGGCUGCUGUACAGCAUCAACGGGGCCGAGAUCAUCUUCAACCCCUCGGCCACCAUCGGGGCGCUCAGUGAGUCCAUGUGGCCCAUCGAGGCCAGGAACGCCGCCAUCGCCAAUCACUGCUUCACCUGCGCCAUCAACCGCGUGGGCAAGGAGUACUUCCCGAACGAGUUUACCUCUGGAGACGGGAAGAAAGCUCACCAGGACUUCGGCUACUUUUACGGCUCCAGCUACGUGGCAGCCCCUGACAGCAGCCGCACUCCCGGGCUCUCCCGCAACCGGGACGGGCUGCUGGUUGCUGAGCUCGACCUCAACCUCUGCCGGCAGGUGAAUGAUGUCUGGACCUUCAAGAUGACAGGCAGAUAUGAGAUGUAUGCCCGGGAGCUCGCAGAAGCUGUCAAACCCAACUACCGCCCCAAUAUCGUGACGGAGUAGCUGCCCUUCAGCCCCCGCCCACCAUGGAGGGCACCCCCGCCCACAGCAGAUCGGCAGGUGUGACAGGCUUUGCCCUUCCAAGUUCUCCCUGAUGACGCCCUGAAAAUGCGGCUGUUCAGACUGAGUUUUAAAUGCCCAGACGGUGAGGCCGGAAGGAGGACGGGCUGCUUCGUGGGUAUGAGGUUUCCUUCUGUGGUGAUGCAAUGUGUUUGGACGAGAUAGGGGUGAUGGUUACAAAAACUGUGAAUGUCCUCAAUGCCACUAAAUUGUCUUCUUUAAAAUAGUUCAUUUUAUGUUAUGUGAGGUGUACCUCUAUUUUUUAAAAAAAAAACCCAGGCAGUGGUUGUGCAGGUUGAUUUGAAGUCAGACAGAUGGGAUGCCCCAGCCCGAGGUCCCUCACGUCCUUGUUUGGACUGUGAGCAACCCAAGGGGAAGCGUGGGCGUGUGGGCGCCAGUGGGCGAGGGCGAGGCUGGUCCAGAGUCCUGGACAGCCGUGGGUGGAGGGGAAGUCACUGGAUGCGUCACCCCGAUUAGUCCGCAGUCUCCACGUAUUUAAUCAGCCAUAAUCUGGGCAUGGCUCUGAAGGUGUUCUGUAGAUGUGAUUCAAGUCCAUAAUCAGUUAACUAAGCCAGUGAGAUUAUCCCGGAUGAUCCUGGUAGGCCUGAUUUAAUCAGCCGGAAGGCCCUACCGAUGAGAAAAUUCUGCCUGCGGUUGACACAGCAGCUUCAGCCCUGCCUGGGAGUUACUGCGCCCUUCCUGGCAGCCUGCUCCACAGACCUCAGACUUGUCUCUCCGGCUCCUGUAAUCAUUUCCAUCCAUUCCUUGCAAUAAAUCUCUUAAUGCACAUUC